AUGACCAGCGCUUCAGUGGGAAGUGAUGUGGGAAGUGGCUACACCAUAGUCACCAAAGUUGUUCCUUCAUUAACAGCUCCAGCUGCAGCAGAACAAAAUUCAUCUCAGACUCAAAGUCAACUACAAAACUUCCUGAAAGGAGAACCCAAAGCGCUGGGAGUUGUCCAAAUAAUGAUUGGUGUGUUGACAAUAUUGUUUGGUAUCGUGAAAGCAGUCUCUUUUCAGACCAUCAGCGUGUACUCUGGAGUUGUUUUCUGGGGUUCACUGAUUUACAUCGGUGCUGGUUCACUGGCUGUUUCAGCGAGCAACAACUUUAAUGCCUGUGUGGUGAAGGCGACUCUGGGGCUGAAUAUUUUCAGCAUAAUAGCUGCAUUAUUUGCCAUCAGCAUGUUUUUUCUGGAUUUGGUGCUUGUCAAGUAUUUCAAUGGAAUCAGUUUAGUUCUGCUGAUUUUCUCCCUGCUUCAGUUUGUCAUCUCAUUAGCAGUUAUGAUCUUAAUUUGCAAAUCCACCGGCACCAAUGAACCUACUGAGGUCAGAGAAAUAAACCAUGUGGCUUCGAGCACUCCACCAAUGGAAAGUCCUCCAGCAUACUGUGAAGUAGAAGGAGACAACUGAGGAUAAUACUAAAUAAGAAAUUAUUCUGGUUAAUAAGUUAAAAAAUUUUCGCUUAAUUCACAAUAAAAACACCAUCACACUCUAGU